UGUUGCUGUUUUGCAUCUUGUUCGGAAAGUUUUUCUAUUUUACAAAUUUCUUUAGUUUACAUUUAUUUGUGUUUUGGUCACAUCUUUGCGUCCUUUCGCUAUUUAAAGUGUUACCAAAGUGUGUAAAAGUAUAAAUAGAAAAGAUAUUCGUGUUUUUGCGCUUUUGGAAUCAUCGGAGAAGUAUGUCAGAGAAGCUGAAAGGUGACACGUCACGUCCAACGGCUACAACUGCAUCUAUUUUGCCAGUUGCCCCAAGUUUCCCAACAACUGCUGCUGUUGUCAAAAAUCCCCUCUUGAGUGCAUCAGUAACAGGGCUAACUUUUGAUGACUUUCCAAAUAAGCCAUUACUAUUACCACCGGUGGCUAUUAACCGAGAGCCAAAACCGCUCGUCACUAUUGGCAGCCCAACAGAUACUGACACCGAAAAUUUAGACGAAAUCAAUUUGAAUACAAGCAACGACGAAACACAAUCAAGAACUGACUCCGCUGCAAAUACAGGACAUAUCGAUCCGAACGCAAAUCCACUCUGGUCGGAGUCGAACAAUCAGCCUACUGAUUCAAUACUUACCCAAGCGGCCUCUUCAUUCUCAGCACUGCCAUCGGUGGCAUCGAGUGUUUUAUCGACAUUUUCCAAACGCAUCUCUGAGUAUUCUGGUUCGAAUAGUCGAGAACGUACGCCCAUAAGUGAUAACAACGAGAACGAUAACAUAGCAUCGCAGCUGGAUAUACAACCAGCCUAUUUGCAACAACAAUUCCAAACACAACAACAACAGUAUCCUUAUUACAAUAAUCCACAGGCAAAUGCACCAGCACCCAUAGCGUUUGCACAUCCUGCUGGUAACUCACCAUUUGCAACUUCCGAGAGCAUCACAUCAUUACCACCUGAACCGCCCAAAUUGUACACGCCUACUGAAGUGCCAAUUUUGCCCGCAGCAAGCGCGGCGCCUCCACCGCUAGCAGGUGGUCAGAAUACUUAUCGUCUUGCGGCGAAAAAGAAGUUGUAUGCGCCCAUACCAGGACUGUCAGAGCAAACCGCAGGCGUUCCUGCACCGACGAUAGAUCCAUUAAUCUCUGCAGCUCCUGUGCAAGGCAUACCACCAUUACCAUCACAAUCCACAUCAUUAACAGAUCCCUUUGGCUAUCCCACAGCACCGGCAGCACCCCAAUUGGACACUUACGAAAGUAGCUAUCAAGCUGCUCAUUUUCCUGGAAAAGAGGAACGUAAAACUGGUGGUCUAUUUUCGAAUAUUAGCAAUUUGGUACCAAGUGGAGUACUGCAGAAUAUCUCCGGUUUAGUGCAAUCAGCGACAGGCACUUUUACGCAGGGUUCAAAUAAAAUAUUUCCUGAAGAUACAACACAACAAUCACACCGCAGUUUUACAGGUGUAUAUCAGCACCCACCUUCAGAAGCUGCGAGUGCUAACACAGGCCAAUAUAUUGGGGCUAGUGGGUUGGCACCAGCUGCAGUACCACCACCAGCAGCUCAAUUCUACCCUGCAUCUAUAGAGCCGAAUCUGUCUUCUGCGGCGUUUUUCGCACCUCCUCAGUUGCCACCGCCACAACAGAGUGUUGCACAAGUGCAAGUGCCAACAGCACAACAAACUUCACAUUUAUUUACACAACCACCACCUCUACCACCUGUAGGCCAGCCUCUGCCACCACCACCCACUACUGGUUUCGUAGCUGGUCCACCCAAAAGUGCUACAGCGGAUUCUACCAAACAACGUCCAUCCGCCUCAACAACACCUAUUUCUUACUUUGACCCUACAAAACAGCCGUCCAAACCAGUUGCUACGUUUGGUGUAUCAGAACAGUCAACCAACAACUCAGCACCAACACAAGCUCCUUCUACUUUACUUACAUCAGCAAGUGCGUCUUCGCACAACAACUAUUCAUUUGCGCCUCCAAUAGCAACAGGAGUUCUCUCUGGCACGGUUCCAGUAUUUGAAUCGACACAAGCAAGCUCUGAUCAAGUAAGAUCUCCACCUUUAGUCGAAAUUCCGGAUCAACCAAAGCAGCUUGCGUCGGCAGAGGUUAUUACUCAACAACGACCAACUGGUGUACCAUUAUUCGAUCAAAGAACGUCUGGGCCAAGUAACCCAGCACAGCUACCAUCCACACCAGGAACAGUUACUUUUCCUCCCCCCCAAUCUAUUUUCCCACCUCCAACUGCUCAGCAACCUGUUUCAAGCAAUCAAACACCUCUACCAUCAACUGGCGGUUCAACUUCAUUUCGCUUGCAGAAGGGUACACGUCUCUAUAAAAGUCCUUUGACUCCUGCGGAGACAGCCCCUGUUCAAGUACAGGCAGAUAUAGUACAACCGUUUGUUCCACCAACCAGUUUUUUCAAUCCUUUUGGUUCACCAGCGCCAACAAGUGCACCAAAUCCAUUGGCCCCUUUACCAGCGGCUCCAACUCUGGUGCCUAGUUACUUUAUUGCUCAACCGGCUGAAUCAAGUGUUGGGCUAUUUGCCGUUGACAAGCCCAUAGCUGACGAGAAAUCCACUACUGACACAGUCAGAGAUCCACAAUUACUUACUGUAUCCGACAUAGCAGGGCAAGAGCCAGAUACAAAUUUUGUAGGCCAAUCUUUACCUGGUGAAGAUCUAGGCGCUAUAAUACAGCAGCAAACUAUUGAAGCUGUCGUGCCGGAAGUAGCUACAGAUCUUGAAAGUGAAGUAAAGUCUGCUUCAUUAGAUACGUGGGCUGAGACUACAAAACCAUCCGAAGUUUUGAAUGUGGCUUUAGAGCAGCUUUCUCUAACAGCACAACCACAAGAGUCAACGAUCCAGCAAGAUCUUUUCUCGUCCCCAAAGGAGCAAGAAAAAGAAGAUGCCCUAAUUCCGAAAUUUGAUGAACCACAAUUGUUUUCUACACCAAUUCCACCUCCCAAGUUCGAGCAACAACAUCUAAAACCGCAGGAAUCGCAAUCUGAGACAAUUUCAGCUGCGGAGUCUGCACUAAACGUUCAAGUUCCAUCGUUACAAGAAGCCCAACCUAGCACACUUGUGGUACCAUCAUCCCAAGCAGAAACUAAUAAUCAACCAAUUAUCAAUCCGCUAUUACCGCCUAGUGUUCCACAGGCCCAUCGAUCCCCAGAACAAGGACAAAACGCGAAUCCAUUUCGUAAAAACGUUGUUGCUGCACCAUUUGUGGCACAACCACAGUUACAGCCGACUCCAAGCAGUGAAACUCAGCCGAAAUUAGCAAACUUCUUUGCUGAUGCAUUGGGUAUAGCUGGCCCAGGUGGAGCUGAAUUCAACAUAUUUACGCCACCACAACAGCCUUUGCUAUCUAAUAAUACCGAACCACUAUCAUCUACGAUUCCGGCCGAAGUUCCAUCAGAAGUGCCAAAUUCAGCUGUUGCUGCUGCAUUACCUAGCGCCGCUGGUUUCUUUAGCUACACUGAACAGACACCGUCGAGUUUCUUUCAGCCGGUACAAACUCAAGAAACAAAAGAAUUUCCAUCACUACCACCACUUAGCAGUAUAGCACCACCACCACUUACGCAUGAGGCGCCAACUACAGCCGAGGUUACAGCGCAGCCCCCGUUAGGCAUUCCACCACCACUCGGCUUCGAUAAUAUACUACUUCCACAAACAACAUCAGAGGCAACGCAGAGUGAAACUGAAACACUAACCGCAGCGCCACAAUUGAGUUUUAACACAACAGGUACUACAGCAGCGUUUGCCCCAGGCAUACAGACAUCUCCUUGUACUACUAGCAACACACAACCUCAGCACUCUGAUGUUAUAAACUCAUUUUCGAACUACUUCAAACAAACUUCAAAUCAUACUACUGAAAGUAAACAAUUGUUAAAAGGACAACAACAAACACAAAUAGCUCCAUCGGACGUAUCGCUAUUGUCAACGACUACUUCAUCUCCGGCUCAUUUCUUUGACACACUACAACCAACGUGCCCAUCUGAAACUGAAAUCAAUUCCUUGUCAACUCCACAACAACAACAACAGCAAACAGUUACUCAGCCAAACGAAGAUCAACGUUUACAAAAUUUCUUCAAUAAUCCACCGCAAAGGGAGAAUAACGCCGGUGUAGGUGAUCUUGGCUACGAUCUAGUGCACAGCGGUCUGGCCGUACGUAAUUUGGGUUCGUUUACAUCUGUUUCAAAUUUGGUGGAACCGCCCUCUUCAUCGUGCUCGGAGUUUUCAGAGUGGAAUAACAGUAACGUGAACUCACGCACUUUGCCCGCAGAGUUACUUACCAAACGUAGUCCUGAAAAGAGUUUAACAGUUGUUGAGCAACAGCAAGAAGUGCAAAUAGCUACUGCGCCUCAGCAAGAACAGGAAGUAGCUACUGAGUCCCAGCUAGGAGAACAAGUAGCUUCUGAGCAAACUGAAGUUGAAAAUCCAGUGUACAAACAUUACGGAGAUUUGCCUGAAGAGAUCCUACGUGAAUUAAGAAUGGCUAAUAUGUUGAUUGGUGAGAAGGCUGCUGCUUCGGCGCCACCAACGACUGUGCCCUACUCGCCUGCAUUAAAGCAUUGGUUCUACAAGCGGCCGUCCGGUAAUAACAAGUUCGUUUGGACACCAUUUAGUCAUUACGAUUCUGGUUUGCUGGAAUCCACCUUCUUCAUGAGCGACAAUGCUCCGAAUAUUGUCGCUGUUGAAGGGGGUCGUUAUGAUGUCAAUAUAAAGGAACGCACUAAAACAUCAGUCUACUGGGAGUGUACACCAAUUGAGGUGAGGCGGUGUUCAUGGUUCUAUAAAGGCACCGAUUCCAAAAUGGUGCCCUAUGAGGAGCCAAUUGCCGAUCUGCUCGAAAACGAGUACAAACAGGCAGUCGAGAGUGGAGAAUGGCAUAAGAAAAUCGUACUCUCUAUGAAUGAACAAGUGACAUUCCAUGGACCAACUGUGAUUGUACACUUCCAACAACAGCAAUCCAGCGAUGCCUGGGGAGGCACUUCACAAACGACAACACGGCCCCGCGUGGUUAAACGCGAUCUUGAAGAAUUCACUAUUGAACAGGGUGAAUCGGAACGGGUCGAUCACUUAUUGCUUAUGGUACAUGGCAUUGGUGCGGCAUGUGAUUUAAAAAUGCGCAGCGUUGAUGAAGUUGUUGACGAUUUCCGCAACAUUGCACAAGCUCUGGUGCAGUCACACUACAAAAAUUCAACUGAUAUGGGCUUAGUAGGUCGCGUUGAAGUACUGCCAAUUUCGUGGCACAGCCACUUACAUUCCGAGGAGAUGGGAAUCGAUGAAAAACUGCGUUCAAUUACUUUGGAGUCAAUACCGAAAUUACGCAAUUUCACCAACAACACAUUGCUCGACGUGCUCUUCUACACCAGUCCAAAAUAUUGCCAGAAGAUUAUGAACACAGUAGCGGCAUCGAUGAAUGAAGUGUAUAAUAAAUACCGUGAACGUCAUCCAGAAUUCAGUGGCGGUGUUUCGGUGGCUGGGCAUAGUUUGGGCUCGUUGAUACUUUUUGAUUUGCUUUGCCACCAAAAGGCACCGAAGGAAACUGAGGAGCAGAAUUUAGAAAACCCCGAUCAGCAUGGCACAAGCCCUAUGGAGACGAACAACGAUGAUUUGAGCGUCACCACCUAUACUAUGGGCCAUGCCGGCACUGGUCAGCCCUUUAUACAUUAUACGCAGCUGAAUUUUCAACCGAAAAAAUUCUUCGCACUGGGCUCGCCUAUUGGUAUGUUCGUGACGAUACGCGGCAUUGACAAGCUUGGUCUCGACUUUCGCUUACCCACUUGCGCCGGUUUUUACAAUAUAUUCCAUCCAUUCGACCCCGUCGCCUAUCGCAUUGAGGCGCUAGUUAAUCCUGAUUUAAGUGGUGUACGACCAGUACUGAUACCACACCACAAAGGACGGAAACGUAUGCAUUUGGAGUUGAAGGAGACAAUGACGCGUGUGGGUGCUGAUUUGAAGCAACGCUUCUUAGACACAUUCAAGAAUACGUUGGAUAGCGUCAACUUUUUGGGUGGGUCGAUACGAAACAGACGUGAAGCUGAGGAGAACAUGACAAAGGAAGUGGAUAAGGUUUUAAGCAUGCAAAUAGAAGCAGAGAAACAAUCACAACAACAGCAAACAACACAGUCGAGCUUACCCGAUGACCAACAAGCUGGCUCCUCGCAAGUCAACACAGAAACACCCCGUACCCGUUCGGAUUCUGUAUCAACCGAUUCCGAUUUGGUUGAAAUUGAUUUUCCUCUUGGCAAAUUAAACGAUUCUAAACGUAUUGAUUAUGUUCUCCAAGAAGCACCACUGGAAUUUAUCAACGAAUACAUAUUCGCCUUGGGCGCUCAUGUUUGCUAUUGGGAAUCCGAGGACACUAUCCUCUUUGUAAUGAAAGAGAUUUACACAGGACUUGGUAUUAGCCCGGAUAGUCAAGUGCCGCAGCAGACGAUGACCAUAGAGCGACCCAGCUCACGAAACAGCAACACAUUAUCGCCGAUAAAUGAGAAACGUUGAACAAGUGUGCGCUGAAAAGCGGCUUGUCCUGUAUUCAUUUUAUUGUGUGGAAAUAAUAAAUCAAACAUAUUUCUUUCAAAGCGAUUUUGACAAUUUAAAAUUAGGCUUCUUCGAAUAAACAUCAUAUCUAAGCUCUACCUUAGCACACAAGAUUCUUUUUAUCUUACAUAUUUAUUUGUAUAACUAGAAAUACUUGUACCAAAUGUGUAUUGAGAAGCUACUACUGCACUCCGUCUGUUGUGUGAUGUAUAUGAAUUUAAGUAAACCAAUGUAAGUGUUGUUAUAUAAUUAAAAAAAAAUCUGAAAAUAUUGACUAAUAGAUUACAAAAAAUUUGAAAUAACCGCUAAUAAUUUGUCUAACUUUUUCUAAUUUUCUAACUUUAUCAUUUUAUUAUUACUAACAUACACGUAUUAAUUCGUAUUCAUGCAAAAUAA